AUAGGAGUUAAAAUGUUCGGCACAGGCUACAGCAUGAAGCGUUCCAGUCGAUUUCAUGUCAAAUCAGGGCCUUGCGAGGAAGACACAGCGAAUAGGGAAAUGUGACUACGGAAAUGAAGAAAUAGAUGGAAAAGGGGGAAUGCACGAUUAAAAGUCCAUUUUAAAGUUCAUUAAAACCUUAAGUUAAGGUAAAACAUCCAAAGGAAGCAAAACACCAUAAGCAUAACAAUAUAAGAAUCAAAAAGCAAAAAAUUAAAAUCAAUGAAAUCGCAAAAAAAUAAAAUAACACUAUGAUACAAUACAAUACUAAAUUCACACUAUAUGGCAGACUUUUGUUUAAAUGUGGCUGAGUACCAACUGAAUAAAGUUUGUAAGAUAAGAGACUAUCAAAGCUUUAAGAAAUAUUAAAAAUCAGCAAAAUUAAGGUUACAGAAGGGGCUUUGCGAGCAAAAACAAUUAUAGAUUUCCAAACUGCAAGAAGUUAUAAAGGAUUCAAAUGUGUUAAAUAUGACUUUGAAUGGGAAAAAAUUGAAAACUCUCGCAAGGAAUAGUGAAAACACAAAUCUUAAACGAUAGUGAAAACUGCUCUCCCUUUUUUGCAAAGGGCGAAAGAGCGUUUAUUCUAUAUCGACAUUUCUUUUUCAUUUUCAACAAAUGCUACCUGACCAGAGGACAGUGUUUUGUGUCAUCAGAAAAACCUCUUUACGAAACAGAAAUGGCGUCUAAGACGAUUGAUUGUUCAGAAGAAGUCAAGCGCUAGGGCAAAUUAAAGCCUAAUUAUUGUACAAUCCACAAUGAAAGAAAAAUAUGCAAAAUUAAAAUGACAUAGAAGUAUGUUGUUAACAAACAAAGGCUUAAUUCAAAGAAGCUAAAUAAGCACAAAGUGAAGACCCAGCGCCGAAGACCAGCAGUACAUUUUGCAAUGCAAGGGUCUAAAGUAAACGCAGUAAGGCUUGAGUAGAAUGCUAAGAUAGGGUAAGAUAGAUUAGAUUGAACCUUGACUAGGCAAAACAUGAAUGGAACUGCAGGGAAUGCAACUACAGGUCUCGAUCAAGAAACGAUCACCUCGCUUGUACUGGGAUACACGGUGAGCACAUUAGUGAUCAUUCUAAAUGGACUGGAAAUUUACAUAAUACGAAAGAGACGGAAAAAAAUUACAGACUUCGAACUGAUCCUCUUCAAUCUGGCUACAGCGGAUUGUUUGACUGGAAUCGCCAACCUUAUAAGUACAGGAUUUGAGACACACUGGUACCUGUCCGACAAGAGCCUUUUGGAAGAAAUUUACGCCGGCUCUUACAUACUAAUCUUCAUCGCAGUGAUAAUGUCAGUAAAUUUCGUUAUACUUAUUGGAAUCGAGCGCCUAUUCGCCGUUAGGCUCCCAUUGCAGCAUCGUAUGUUCCAUAUGAAACGGAGGAAAGUAUACGGAGGCAUUGCGAUAAUCUGGCUUUUGACUAUCGUAAUUUGCAUACUUGCAGUAGUUUUGGAUCAUGUAAUCAAUAAUGGGAUACUAACGGAAUAUGGCUCGAAAUACCUUGGCAUUGCCUACGGGUCCUUCUUGUCUCUACAGUCUCUCAUUAUAAUCGUUAUCUACUCGAGCCUAGCCUUUUACGUUGCAAAGCGACAAUCAAGGCUCAAGAAAUUCAAUAGAGCUACUUUUCAGGCUUCAAGGAAAAGCCUUGAGAUAAGUUGGAAGAGGGAGCGGGCCACACUGAUUGUCUGUUUCCUGGUCGUUGCGUCAUUUAUUAUUUGCACAACUCCGUUUUCGGUUAAGUUGUACAAGUACGAAACAGAAGAUAACGAAUCGAUUCUACUUCUGUCGAACUCUGCUAUAAAUCCACUGAUCUAUUUUUUCAAGGGGUUUGUCGAAAAAUAUCACCGUAGGAGAAAAUCUGUUGAAGAUGCUUUCAAGGUUAACAAAGAAAUGGGAAGAACAAAACGCAUGCAUGUUGCUGAAGCUGCAAAUAACCCAGCGUUUGUAGAAAAGGAGGAUGCUUGAGUGGGUGUUACGAGAUUUGAGACAGGAUAUCAGCCUGUCGUUCGAUUUUUCUUACGUUUUCAAGCAAUGCUUUUCAAAACAACAAUUUUCACUCAAGAGCCGCCAUCCUAUCCUUACCUACCAGUAGCUGCCAUGGUAAGGAAGUUUUUGGCACUUGUACGCAAGAAACACAUUUUACAUGUCCCAAGACUCGACAAGAAGUGUUUUACUGACGUCUCCCUUCAAAGUUAACCAUUACAGCAAAAAGGCUGUUGCUAUCAUCAAAUUGUAUAUAGUGAGAGAGUUAAAAGGUUUUGAGCCACUCCAAAUAUAAUGAAAUGAAAUGAGCUUCAUAAAUGUUUUAUUAAUUAUUCACAGAAAUGAAAUGUUUAUUUAAUUAGAAAUUUGUUCUGUUACUAGCAAAGUGCUUACAAUUUCAAGAGAUUUCUACAUGGCAGUCUCGUCCCACAACUACUCGUCGUUUUCCUGGCUUAAGGAGGGUUGGUCAGUUUGACGAGUGGAAGUAUACCCUUAAAUUUGAUUAAGUUUGUAAACCCUACCCAUAAAAUCCAUGGUAAAAAUCCCACUAAUCUGAUCUAAAUGAGAAGUGUGUGAAGAAAUCAAGUCUAAUUAAAGCGACGAAAAACUGAGAUCAAUAAAGUAAGGCAAUGAGACUUAAUUGCAGCAGGCUGGGCUUUUUAUUUGAAAAAAUAUAUAACGCAUUAAUCUAGUUUUCUGUAUAAAUGAAAAUGAUAUGAAUGUGUCAAUUUGAAAUUAACAAAAUACAAGCUUUUCUUUUUUUGCUGGUCUUCAGACGUAAUUGGAACGAGCAUGUACCAAUAUUAUACAAUAUAAAGUACAUGUGUAGAUAUUAUACAUAACAACUGACAAGCCACGAAAUUGUAUUGAUAUUCCGCACUUCGGGGACCAAAGCAAUGGUGGUGCCUGGAUAUUUCCCACGCCUUCAAAUGCUAAAAAUAUUUCACGUUUAAGGGUCUUUAUCAUUUAUCUUCAAAUAGGUAAUUGCAAAGAUGAAAAUAACAAGCUUUAAGCAAAACUGGUAUAUAUGAAAAGUUUAAAUAUUUAGCUAUUUUGUCUUCAACUAGACUGCUUUGACUCCUGUUUCAAACAGAAAUCAUAAAUCAUAAUUUAUGAUCAUCCCUGAAUGACAGCCAAAGAUUAUUGUACAGAGCCAAAACCUUUCACUUUCCCAUCUACACACAUUUUAUAAGAAUACCUAAGUUUUUGCUGAGGCUCAAUAUUCUUAAUUUUUUCUAUUUUGUGCCAAAGGUUAUUCUUAAAUUAUUCUUAAUUCUCAGCGAUUUUGAGCCUUAACAUUCUUUUAAUAUUCAUUAUUUUUAUAACAAAUUAGGUAUAGAUAUGGAAGUUUUACAGUUAGCUAAUCUUGUCUUGACUUUUGGCCGUAAACAGGAAGGUCUAUCUUUCGAUGACGUUAACUUAUCGUUCAAGUUUGAACAUGUCCUUUUUGGGUCACAUCAAUUUCCGGAUUUCAUUCAAGAUAUUUCAGUCAGCAGAAUUACUUUUUAGCGCUUCUGAACGCAGAGGAAUUUAACAUGUUGGUGAAGAUAAUUAUAAAGUUUCUGAAAGAACUACAAAGCACCAUAUUCUUACAAAUAUUUCUCACAAAUAAAUAUUUCAUAUUUUUUUCCAUUUCAUUUAUUCACUCCAUUUUUAUUUUUUUUGGAAGGAUUCUCUUCAACAUACGUUGCCUUUCGGAUGGCUCUCCGAUAAAACAUUUAUAAAAUCAUAAAAUGCAAAAUAUACAUUGAAAAGCUGUUAUUCAAAUUAAACUGAAAACCAAAUUUACAAUAUGAUACGAAGUUGAUAUUUUUGCGAUUUUUGCGUGAGUGAGGGGGGGGGCUUAAGCUCCCUGCUCCAAUGUAGCAUAACACGUGUUUAUAAUCACAUGUCACUUCAUCGUAGCUGCGUAUUUAUGUUCUGUUCAUGUGCUUGCUGAUAUACAAAGCAGCCAUUCUUAUAUUAGCAACAACUCUGAUAUUUAAAUCAGCAACAAUAAAUUAAAGAGAUGCACAGAAAAUGUAUUGAGUGCGUUGUGUUUUACUUUUGGGGUUUUUUGAUGUUAUGCUCUAGCACCAAGUUUUUUCCCCUCUAUCAGAACUAAAAGAUUAAAGGUGUAAAAUUUGCUGCUACAUUGUAAAAUUUCUGACACCAUUUGUUGUUUGAUUGAUUGACCGAGCGAAUACACAUUUUGAGACACAAAAUCCAUUCCUUUUGUUCCAUUCAAAGCUAAGCCUUUUACAGGCACUGUUACGUCAUUUUACUAUUUAUAUAUACAUAUGUAUGAAACGGUACCACGAGUGCUUUCACAAGCCACUCGGGUUGAAUGCCAUCAGCCCUUUCUUAGCUUUUCAGUCCACGACUGUGUGUGUGAUUGUGUGUCUACAAGUGUGUCCCCUGAUACAAGUUUCUACUCCUUAUAAAAUGUUCACGAUGACUCUUACUAAUCUACUUACAAUAUUUGCUUAUUCCGUAGUACAAAGGCGGUAUUUAGCGUGAAUACAUAAAAACGUAAGUAGGAGGUGAUAAAUAUAUUAGGAACUUUGUAGGGUAAAAGGGCAUGUAAAAUAUAACGUUAACGGAAAACAUAAAAAACCUACGUGCAACGAGCUAAUAUUUCCUAACUAAAGAGAAGCAUGGAAAAGUAUAGACAUUAAUGAAAGACUGUCCUACAAUGAAAUUAGUGUCUCUAUUACAAAGGCACUAUGUCCUGAAGUAUUUCACUGGCCAUUUAAAUUCCCAUUGGUUAGACUAUACAAUAGAACUAUUGUUACGGAGCCAAUCGGCAACGUACUCGAUGUUUCCUCGAUUUUAAACGCGCUGCAAGAGAGUUCUAAAGUGUGACGUCACCAAAAAACUAUUUUCAGAAUUUUUGAAUUUAACCACAUAACAUAAAAGAUCACCAUGAAAUACUUCCCAAUAU